AGUGCGUAGUGUAUAGAAGCAAUUAUUCUGGGCCGUUUCAUAUUUUAUUGCUCAGAAUUCUACCAGACGAAGAUAAUGAGGGCGAGCAAAACUAAUCCAUUUUUCUUGGAGACAUUAAUUAUUCUCCAAUACUUCGCUUGUACGUCUAAGGCAAGUAUUAGUCUCGGAACUUGUCAGCUUUCAUGUGAUGAGAACGAGAGCCAGCUCCCUUCACGCGUAAGAGGUCCACCUGGAUCACCGGGAAAGCGCGGUCCAGUAGGAAAUCGCGGAUUAGUUGGACCGAAAGGGUCACCAAGUAGUUGCUGUGAAGAUCUAGUUGAACGAAACGAACAGCUUAAACGUCGAGUUCAGGAGUUAAAUGGAUGGAUAUUCCCACAAAACUGUGCAGCGGUAAAAAGUCACGUGAUAUCAAGUGGAACUUACGUGAUUUAUCCGUUCAAUGAAAGUAAACAAGGAGUCCAAGUGUAUUGUGAUCUAGAAACCGAUGGAGGCGGUUGGAUUGUAAUACAAAGAAGACUUGACGGAUCGGAAGAUUUUUAUCGUGACUGGGAAGACUAUGUCACAGGUUUUGGUUACAAAGAACAAGAAUUCUGGCUAGGACUGGAGACGAUGCACAGAAUAUCCAUCAAUGGUCUUCAUGAAAUUCGAUUCGAUUUUAUAACAAGAGGCAACGAAAAAAUAUUUGCAAAAUACGGACAAUUUAAAAUUGCUGGGGCAGAAGAAAAUUAUCGAAUAACAAUUACCGGAUAUUCAGGAAAUGCUGGCGAUUCAAUGGCAAACCAUAACAAUAACCAAUUUACGACGAAGGAUCAAGAAAACGAUCACGACCCUGGAAAAAAUUGCGCUGUAUCGUACAAAGGGGGGUGGUGGUACAAUCGGUGCCAUAACGCUAACUUGAAUGGUUUAUACGCAGACACAACGGCAUCGGCCAAGGGUUUAUCCUGGUUUAGGUGGAAAAAUUCAUACACUCCAUUUGCAAAAUUUGUAGAAAUGAAGAUCCGGAAACGCAGAAACUAAACAGCCAUUGCCAUUUAUUGUUUGAAUCAAAUAAACACUUGCUCUAUUAGGUUGUAAAUUUUCUUGGUGUUUUUAUAAGUGAAAAAAGUAUUAUGCCCGCGUAGCGUCAAAUACAAGCGGAUUAAUAACAAUCACAGAAAAAUCUGUAUACAUUUUUAUUGCCAGUAUAUAUAACAUUUGCUUUGCUUUGCCUCCUGUUGUUUUUUUUUAAAGCAUGUAAUUCUCAUAAAAAAAUAACAAUUCAUUUCUACAUUACAAAAUUCGACUUCAUAAUGAAGGACGAAUAGAUGAGAUUCACACCAAUGUACCAUGCCUCUCCUGUUAAAACUUACGUUUUCUCGUUGAUUGUAACCAAUCGAGUAAUUUAAAAUAAAAAGUGUCAAUUUACCGGCGAAUGAAGCGCAAUCUAUAUUUUUUUCUGAUUAAAAGAUAUCUAUUGCAUGGGUUAGAAUUCGGAUAUUUUAGAGUUUACGUUUUAUAUACUCAACAGAACACUAUUUCGGUAUGUAUUGAUUUUAGUAAGGGUUAUGAACUGAAUUCUAUGAAAAUGACUUUAGGAGGUUAAACGCAUAUUUAUAGCUUCCAUGGACUGAAUCAAAUUGAAUAUAAUCAUGUGUUAAUUUUA